AUUUUGAGACAUGAAGCUCGAGUACUCGAAGGAAUGAGAAAAAUUAACUCGGUACAUUUUAUAAGCUAUGAAGAUCGGGGAAAAAUAACUGGCAGAUUUAUGUUUGUAGUUAUCAGAUUAGUUGGAAAAAACUUAUGGGAUCUUCGCAUGGAGAAUCCUGAUAGGCGUUUCUCAAUGGCUACUUCUAUACGAGCAGCAGAGCAAACGUUGUCAGGGAUAAGAGAUCUUCACAUAUGUGGAUACUUACAUCGAGAUAUAAAACCCCCAAAUUUUGCCAUAGGACGAGAAGAAGACGGAAAUCCACACACUAUUUACAUACUAGACUUUGGGUUAUGUCGGAAGUAUAGAACAGAAGAAAAAGAUCUACGUUAUAUGAGGGAAAAGGCUGCUUUUCGUGGUACCACAAGAUAUGCCAGCAUAGGAGCACUGGAAAUGAAAGAUCAAUGUCGAAAAGACGAUGUAGAAGCGUGGUGGUAUAUGGUGUUAGAGUGGAUGAUAGGUCAAUUACCUUGGAAACAUUGCAGGGUAAGCGCUGUAUUUGGCUACAAAUCUAGGGGGACCGAUCGUGCUGAAGUGAAACUCUACAAGCAGCAACUGCGAAUACCCACUAAUUUGAAAAAGGUACUCAAACACACUCCAGAAGAAUAUAUGGCAAAUAUUUUAACGUAUAUUGAUACGCUUGAAUACAAUUCUAUACCAGAUUAUGAUCAUAUCGCUGCAAAUCUCGAAGCUGCUAUGACAGCCUAUCACUUGAGUUACAGCGAACCUCUUGAUUGGGACAGCAUGAACGAAUAUAAA